GGGAUCCCAGCAGGUCUGCCACUUACACCACAGCUCACAGGCAACGCAGGAUCCCCUGGAUCCCAGACUCACUGGGUGAGACCGGGAAUCCAACCUGCACCCUCAUGAAUACUAGUCGGGUUUGUUACAGCCGAGCCACAAUGGGAACUCCCUAGGUUUUGCUAUGCAAGUACCUCUAAUAUCUCAGCCUGGCUUAGGAAGCUCUCCUCCUGGGGAGGCAGGGCUCCCCCUCUCCAUCUCCUCUACUCCCCUCCCUUCCCUUCCCCUCCAGCGUCUCUAUCUCCGAUUUUCAUUUCCCAAGGUCCUGCCUCCGCGGAAGGGGACCUGCCCAGCCCGGAGGCCCAGCACCCUUCCCUCCUUUGGGCCUCUCUGUAUUUAGAAGCAGGUGAUUCCAUUCCUCGUCCAUGUUUAAGAGCUCCUCCUAUCUGUACCUAUUAACCUACGCUACCCUCUGCAUUACAAGCCUCUGGUCCCGUUACGUGCCACAUGAAGUCCGAAGCUGCUGAGUUUUUACCAAUACGUCUGUCUUUAUUCAUCGGUUUGGGUUUCCAACCUAAGUGAGGAAGGGCUCUCGGUUCCUGGGGGAGGGGCGCCCUCCCCUGCCCUCCCACCCCUCCCAAGUCCGUAUCUCGCAGCUUCUCUCUUCCCACGGAUCCGGCGCAUAAAAGGCGAGGGUGCGCGGCCCCGCAGUAUCACAAUGUCCCCGCUGAGCCGACUGCUGCUGGCCCUGGCCCUGGCCCUGGCGGCGGUCCCCGGCAUCCUAGGCGCCUGCCCCGCGCCCGCCGAUCUCAAGAACGAGGACGGGACGCGCACGUGCGCCAAGCUCUACGACAAGAGCGACCCCUACUACGACAACUGCUGCAGCGGCGCCGAGCUGUCGGUACAGCCGGGCACGGACCUGCCCUACUUGCCCUCUGAUUGGACGAACGUCAUCUCGUCGCUCGUGGUGGCCCAGCGCUGCGAGCUCACCGUGUGGUCCAUCCGCGGCAAGGCCGGCAACACCCACAAGUUCUCGGCCGGCUCCUACCCGCGCCUUGAAGAGUACCGCCGCGGCAUCUUCGGCGACUGGUCCAACUCCAUCUCUUCGCUCUACUGCAGUUGCUACUGAUACCCUAGAGGUGCCUCAUCUCCAUCCUCCACGAUGUGCUGAGCCCCGCACUGGGCCUUGUCUGUGGGAUCCGCUGAAGGCCCUGAGACCCAGAAGAAGAGAACUUUCCGCUUGCCCCCACCCUGCCUUCCCUGUAAUACAGCCCUUGUAAAAAUUG